AUGGCUCAUAGAAAAUUACAGCAGGAGGUCGAUAGGGUCUUUAAAAAAAUUAACGAAGGUUUAGAAAUCUUCAAUAGCUAUUACGAAAGACAUGAAUCAUGCACAAACAAUCCUUCCCAAAAGGACAAGCUAGAGUCGGAUUUAAAAAGAGAAGUCAAAAAGCUGCAAAGGCUAAGGGAACAGAUAAAAUCAUGGCAAAGCUCACCCGAUAUUAAAGAUAAAGAUUCUCUUCUAGAUUACAGAAGGUCUGUAGAAAUAGCGAUGGAAAAGUAUAAGGCUGUAGAGAAGGCGUCCAAAGAAAAAGCAUACUCUAAUAUUAGCCUGAAAAAAUCAGAGACUUUAGACCCGCAAGAAAGGGAAAGGAGAGAUAUAUCUGAGUACCUUUCCCAAAUGAUCGAUGAGCUGGAAAGGCAAUACGAUUCCCUACAAGUGGAAAUUGACAAGCUUUUACUUCUUAAUAAAAAGAAGAAAACGUCAUCUACGACAAAUGAUGAAAAAAAGGAACAAUAUAAGCGUUUUCAAGCGAGGUAUAGGUGGCAUCAACAGCAGAUGGAGUUAGCCUUGAGAUUGUUAGCCAAUGAGGAAUUGGACCCCCAAGAUGUUAAAAACGUGCAGGACGAUAUAAAUUACUUCGUGGAGUCAAAUCAGGAUCCAGAUUUCGUAGAGGAUGAAACUAUUUAUGACGGUUUGAAUUUACAGAGUAACGAAGCCAUUGCUCAUGAGGUGGCCCAGUAUUUUGCUUCACAAAAUGCUGAAGAUAACAAUACAUCGGAUGCUAAUGAAUCUCUGCAGGACAUAUCAAAACUUUCUAAAAAGGAGCAAAGAAAAUUGGAAAGAGAAGCCAAAAAGGCUGCUAAACUUGCGGCAAAAAAUGCAACAGGUGCAGCUAUACCCGUUGCUGGUCCCUCUUCUACGCCGUCACCUGUCAUUCCCGUUGCUGAUGCUUCAAAAGAAACGGAAAGAAGUCCUUCAUCUUCCCCUAUCCAUAAUGCAACAAAGCCUGAAGAGGCUGUUAAAACUUCUAUAAAGAGUCCCAGGAGCAGUGCUGAUAAUUUGCUUCCGUCAUUGCAAAAAUCACCAAGUUCAGCUACACCAGAAACUCCAACAAAUGUACAUACACAUAUUCAUCAAACUCCAAACGGUAUUACUGGUGCCACUACAUUGAAACCUGCUACUCUUCCAGCAAAACCUGCUGGUGAAUUAAAAUGGGCCGUUGCUGCAUCACAAGCGGUAGAAAAGGAUAGAAAAGUCACUUCUGCAUCGUCCACCAUAUCCAAUACCUCAACAAAGACUCCAACAACUGCUGCUGCUACUACAACAUCAUCCAACGCUAACAGCAGGAUUGGUAGUGCGUUGAAUACACCUAAGUUAUCUACUUCAUCUUUGUCUUUACAACCUGACAAUACCGGCGCAUCAUCUUCAGCAGCAACGGCCGCUGCUGUUUUGGCUGCUGGGGCGGCUGCUGUGCAUCAAAACAAUCAGGCCUUCUAUAGAAAUAUGAGCUCCUCACAUCAUCCUUUAGUUUCCUUGGCGACAAAUCCAAAGUCUGAACAUGAAGUUGCAACUACGGUAAACCAAAAUGGGCCUGAGAACACAACUAAGAAGGUUAUGGAGCAGAAGGAGGAAGAGUCACCAGAAGAAAGAAAUAAAUUGCAAGUGCCAACUUUUGGAGUAUUCGAUGACGAUUUUGAAUCGGAUAGGGAUUCAGAGACGGAGCCAGAGGAAGAAGAACAACCAAGCACACCGAAAUAUUUAAGCUUGGAACAAAGAGAAGCUAAGACAAAUGAAAUCAAAAAAGAAUUUGUAAGUGAUUUUGAAACUUUACUUCUACCAAGUGGUGUGCAAGAAUUCAUAAUGAGUUCUGAACUCUAUAAUAGUCAAAUUGAAUCGAAAAUAACGUACAAAAGGUCUCGUGAUAUGUGUGAAAUUUCCAGGCUGGUCGAAGUACCGCAAGGAGUUAAUCCACCAUCUCCCUUGGAUGCAUUCAGAUCUACUCAACAGUGGGACGUUAUGCGUUGUUCGUUGCGUGAUAUUAUUAUAGGCUCCGAAAGGCUGAAAGAAGAUUCAUCGUCAAUUUAUGCCAAAAUUCUAGAAAAUUUCAGAACUUUAGAAAUGUUUUCGUUAUUUUAUAACUAUUAUUUUGCUAUUACUCCUUUAGAAAGGGAGAUUGCAUACAAGAUUCUAAAUGAGAGGGAUUGGAAAGUUUCAAAGGAUGGUACAAUGUGGUUUUUAAGACAAGGUGAGGUCAAGUUUUUUAAUGAAAUUUGCGAAGUUGGUGAUUACAAAAUUUUUAAACUGGACGAUUGGACAGUAAUUGAUAAAAUUAACUUCAGACUGGAUUAUUCAUUUUUGCAGCCACCGGUAGAUACAGCGUCUGAGGUCCGUGAUGUGAGUGUUGACAAUAACAAUGUUAAUGAUCAGAGUAAUGUAACUUUAGAACAACAAAAACAAGAAAUUUCUCACGGCAAGCAGCUCUUGAAACAAUUGAAACAGGGAAAAAUUAGUGUAUGA